GUCCCCCACCGUGCCCACCAUUCCGCCUUAUUUACGUGUACAGAAGUGAAAGGUCGAUCGUUUUCUGAGUUCGGCUGUAUCAUAUAAACAGAGACAGUUUUGCAGAGCAUUCAAGUCAAGAAUAACAAUAAGUUUAUGAGGUGACAGUUGGUACAGGCGAACUUUGUGUAAGUUACUUGUGAAGAAUUGCCAUCGACAGAACGGUCUGUUUUGCCAGUAUUACACCAAGGACUUCUACUCCAGUUUUUUCCCCUCCCCACUAAACCCAGCCGAGAUACGGUCUGUGAAGAUAAUCGAAGAUGUCGUCUAAGAUGCAAAGCUCUACUAAUAUAGCCCAGGCCAGAAGGACUGUUCAACAGCUACGGAUAGAAGCUAACAUAGAGAGAAUAAAGGUGUCUAAAGCUUCUGCAGACCUCAUGCAUUACUGCAAUGAACAUGCCAAGUAUGAUCCUCUACUUAUGGGUAUCCCAGCUUCAGAAAACCCUUUUAAAGAUAAAAAGCCAUGCACUAUAUUGUAGUGGGAUGCUUGAACUCUUGCUGUAUGUUUUCAUGUUCCCUUUUAUAAUUUUUUUUUAAUAGAAAGAAUAUGAUCUUCAAACAUUCAUUCACUAUUCGCCUGAAAUGAGCUAAACCCCAAGCUAUUAUUUGAUUGUAUCCACACUAGAAAUGUUCCUGUUGUCUAUGAAAAGGAGAGUCAAAGCUCCUAGUAAACAAAUCAAUUGUGGUGCAAAGACAAAACCAACCCAUGAAUGAAUUUUUCACUUUAUGGCACAGCACAGAUGAGUUGUUUGCUUUGUGAUAGCGUCCACUGAUGUGGUUGUGUCUUCUGCAAAUAAAGGGUGAGGUCAGAGUGGGCGGCUCUCAGUAUCAUGAAGCACAGGAAACGAUCAUUUUAAUGACUGCACUCUGUUAUAUAUAUCUGCAGAUAAGCAGAGCUUCAUCAGCGGUGCUUUGACCCCAUCUGAUGCUUUUAAAGGUAUCCAGUCGCAGGGAGGUGUGGGGGGGUUGAUGUGAGGGGUGAAAUGUCAGCAUCACAAAUGUGUGAAGGGUUGGAGGAAACGGGUGUCUUUUGGAGGCGUCACAUUGACGCAAUGCUGCUCCGGCCCUCCCUCAUUAACUCACUGUGUCUGAACAAUGGAGUGAUACAAAGCUAACCCCUCCUGUCAAAUCACUACACGCUAGACUGUGCCCUUUUUAUUUUCUCGCAGUAAACCAGGUGAACUGUGUUUCAAAAGUUCAACAACUGCCAAAACGUGCAGAUCAGCAUUUUAAGAGUAAUACAAGGCGGUGUUCAUGCAUUUGUAUGGAAGUGUUCUUUAUUUCCUGUACUAUUUUUUUUCUUAUUUUAAUUAG